UGCGUUGGUGCCUGCAAGGUGAUGUGAGAUAUUUGUUGAGCAUAUGCAUAUCUUUAUUCCUUCUCGUAGCGGCACAAGAAUGGCGACCGUUUGAUUUCGUAUGCCGAUCGUAGUACAUAUCGCUAUUGGUCCAUCCGAUUGCAGCGCUGGAUGCACUUUGGGUUUUCGAAUCCUAGGGCAUUCAGGGCCAUGAAGAAUAAGGAUGGGCAGCUGGACUGUAAUCCAUAUACCAGGUUUACGCCAGAAGUGUCUGGGUAUGCACGCUCUCUGCCUGUCAUGAUGGAGACUCUGCAACAAUGCACUGCCCACCGACGUUACUCGAUAGCUUGGGAAGGGGACCCAUCGGGUUGGAGAGAAGUCCAAGGCGAAUUGUCGGUGCUCAAUACUGAUCCACCCCAAAUGACGUAUUGCCUCAAUUGCCAAGUCUUCACCCACUGUGGAUCCGAGUGUAGCUGCCAUCCUCAUAGCAAGCCUGUGUCAGUGUGGUCUGGAAUAUUCCAAUUACACGGAGAUGAGACCACGGAAAUUCAUAUGUGUGGAGCAUUUGCGGAUGUCUCGACGGGACAGGGUGCCACAGCGGAGGAGUCGCUUGCUGCCUGGAUGGAGGAGGUGGUUGAGGUCACAAGUUGCACGUGUGGUUCAUGCAAAGUGACGACCAGUCUUCAGGUGAUGGACGUUUCAGCGAAAAUCCAAGGGCCCAAAGGUGUCAACCAAGAGGGUCGAUGCAUUGUACGCCCGUUCCAUCUUGUUCGCUAAUGUGUUCACUUGUCCCACCAUCUUGUUCGCUAAUGUGUUCACUUGUCACACCAUCUUGUGCGCUAACGUCUUCCCUUGUUC